AUUUGUUACAUAGGUAAAUAUCUCAAAACAAAAUCUGAGCAGUAAGUGAGAGUCUUCUUCUCUUUUAAUUUGUUCCUUUUUCACUUUCGAGCUGCAGAGCACGUAGAAAUGAGUUUAAGAAGUUAUUGCGAAUCAGUCUUAAGUUAAAUCUCAACCUGAAGAGGCGAGUAAGCGGAGCUUCAUUCAGGUUCUCGAGCAAAGACAAAGAAAUGUUAUCGCCACGGUUUUUGCUCCUCUUCAUGAUCGCUGGGUUAGAAUUGCUAACCUCUGCAGAUGGAAAUCCCAUGAUUGAGGUCUUCAGAUGGAAGCAGCUGGAUUUUUUCAAUCGCGGGGAUAACUACCAAAACACUUUGCAGUUUCUUUGCUCCUUAAAAGAUCCGCAUGUUCCGAAUUCCCAACCCUGUAUGAACACUCCGGCUUCCCGUGUCAAAACUCUUCCCUUCAUUCAAUACAACAAUGUGCCGCAGGGAGUGACCCAUUUCCGGGGACGACUCUUUGUCACCGUUCCAAGGAGACAGGAGGGCAUUCCCUCCACCUUGAACUACAUUGAUCUGGAGAGGGAUGGCCAAAGCGAGAGUCCCGUUCUCAGGGCCUAUCCAAAUUUUGCCUUGAAUCAGUUCAACGACAGCACUGAAAAUCUAGUCUCCGUUUACAGAACCGCCGUGGAUGCUUGUCAGCGCCUCUGGUUCGUCGACACUGGAAUGCUGGAGUACCCAAAUAACCGCCAACAGAUCCGUCGUCCCAGCAUUUGGGUAGUGGAUUUGGCCACAGAUCGCGUGCUGAAGCGUGUUGAAAUCCCCCAGGACAUUGUGGAGAUCGGUCGCGGAUUGGCCAGCAUAACCGUAGAUGUGAGGGAGGGACGUUGUCGCAAUGCCUACGCUUAUAUUCCGGAUCUGGUCAAUCGGCAAUUACAUGUCUAUCACCUGCGAGACAAUCGAAUUUGGUCCUUCAAGCACAACUUCUUCAACUUCGAUCCGCUCUCAGACGAUCUCAAUAUUGGCGGUCAGAAAUUCCGCUGGGAUGAUGGCAUUUUCUCCACGACAUUGGGACCAUAUCAACCAGAUGGCAGUCGGGAUGUCUUCUUCCAUCCUAUGGCCAGCACAAAUGAGUUUGUGGUUUCCAACCGCGUUUUGCAGCAGGAGUGCAAUGCGGAACGCUCCGAUCAGGGAAACGAUUUCCGGAUGCUGGGAAGCCGUGGGCCAUCAACGCAGUCCACGAUGCACAAAUACGAUCCAGAAACCUGCGUCGUCUUCUUUGCAGAGGUCCAGAAGAACGGAGUGGGGUGCUGGAACACCGAAAAGCCGUUCUCGCCAGAAACUCAUGGCUCUGUGUAUUCCAAUGCUGAGAAGAUGAUUUAUCCCAGCGAUUUGACGAUCGAUGAGGAGGGAACCAUCUGGGUGAUGUCCAACUCCAUGCCCAUAUUUGUCUACUCCAAGCUGGACACGAAUGCGUACAAUUUCCGGAUCUGGAAGCAAAAGGCAAGCUUGGCCAAGAAUGGAACAGUGUGUCAGUGAUUUGUGUGGAAUUGCUUUAAUGAAUGUUCCGCAAGAUCGUUACAUAAGUAAUAAUAUGUAUAUCGAAUUUACUCACUGAAACUUAUAUAUAAAAUAAAUCAAAAAGCAUUUACAAAUGUACCGUUAAAAAUUG